AGAGAUUGCGCAGGUAGAUUUUCAUGGAUUUACCUGUGUAAUGUACUUUUGACAGUUCUCCUCAAACGAGCGUAGUGUGUAGUGUUUCAUGAGCGAUUUUAUGUUCGUAUUUGUGUAUGUGUUUCAUUUUGCGGGAAUAAUUUUAUGUAUACAACAGGCAAUGCGUUGGUUUCGUAAGCAAGGUGGUGCACCAAGACUUAUAAGUUUAUCACCUUUACGAAAUGACUCACAGAGAUCGGACCUUACGAAAGAAGAUUUAGAGACACCGAAGCGACAAAUAAAACACAAAUCUAGACAAGACAAAUCUCCAGGUCCGUGGGCAAGGAAUAAAAUCAGCAAUAGGAAUGAAACUAAUUGUUAUAACGUUGAGGAGAGUGUAGUUUUCACAGAAAAGUGCUCUAGAAAAAGAAAUAAGUCUCGCACUCGCAACUCCUCCGGAAGCAUUGCUGAUGACGGUCAUUCCAGAGAAAAACGGAACCCUCUGCUAGAUAAAGUAAAAAAUACAAAGUUGUCCUGCUUUCGGUCAGCAUCAAACGCUUCUCAAUUAGAAAAUCCGUCCACUUCUAGUGCGUGUUCGUCAAAAACGUUAGAAGAAAAGAGUGAAUUAAAAACUACACUUUGUGAAUAUAGUGAUUUCGAUAAAGCUCACGUGGUACAACCGGACGAUCUUCUUUUUGACACCCUUCCAAAGUCUUCCUGCUUUUCUGCCAAGUUGCGGGCAAUAUCGGAGAAAUAUUUGCAAUCUUCCACGAACAGGUUUUUAACAAAACUUUACAAAACCCAGGUGGGAUUUUCGUCUGAAUCUUCAGUGUCUAAGUCAUGUAAAAAGAAAGCAGUUAGUGCGAAACUUCGUAGUUUUUCCUACGGUGCCUUGCCCGGAGUCGAAGAAUUCCAGAAGAAACACAAUCCGCUAUUCCACGAGGACGAGAGUCAUAUCCUCGAUGACACGGAAGAUCAGUUGGUGUUGAUGGACAAUGAAGAAACGGACAGUGGCAUAAUAGUAACUGAUUCAGCAUCAUCUUCGUUUUUAGAAAACGAAAGUUUUCGGUGUGGUAGUUCAGCGUCGAACGGAAAUUAUUCAUUAGUCGAGACUAAAAAUGCUCAUUAUUUGGACUGUGAUAAUCUGAACUCGCGUCUUUUACCAGACGUCACACCCCCUUUGCCAUGUAAAGACAUUUCGAAAAAAUCCAAAACGUUUCUGGUCCGUUUACAAAAGAACUGCCCUACUGAAGACAUUGGUGUCAUCAUAGCUACCCCCAAGAAGUACAGGAACGGCUUUGUGAUCGUCCAAAUCGUCCCUGGAACAAUAGCCGAUAGAAAUGACUCCCUGACAAUCGGCGAUAAAAUAAUCAACAUAAAUGGAGUUUGGUUAACUGGAAUUACCGUUCAUGAAGCUCAACAAGCUCUUGAAACGGCAUCGUUAACUAUCGAUUUAAUCGUUUCAAGAACUGUAAGUAAUAACCAAGCACGUCCACGACCAUUGGGGAUCAUUGAAAGUUCAGUCGAUUACGAAAACGUAACGUUUCCUAAAACGAAUCCUGCGGAACUGACGCCAGUUUCCGCCCUUAAAAGAAGACAACCGGUUUUUCAGAAGAACAGCGCGAAUCAAAGUAACUCUUCUAAAAUGAGUCGGCGGAGCUUGGCCUCGUAUUCCGAUCAAAACAACCAACAAGAAAGACAUUCGGAUCGUUCGUACCAGGAACCGUCCGAAAACUAUUCGAGUUGUUUGUACAUUAACAAAAACGAAGUGCACGAUAUCACAGCGACCACCAACUUUUGUACGUUGCCCAGAAGACCAAGGUCCACUGUUUGUACUUUUCAUACGUUCAUAUUAGAGAAAGGGCCCGGAAAGAAGGCUUUGGGCUUCACUAUAGUCGGCGGUAGAGACUCGCCCAAAGGUGCAAUAGGCAUCUUUGUAAAGACCAUACUCGAAAAUGGACAGGCUGCAGAAGAUGGAAGAUUAAGAGCAGGGGAUGAAAUUUUAGCUGUAAAUGGACAUGUUUGCCAUGACAUAUCACAUGCAGAAGCGGUCUUGCUAUUUAAAAGUAUCAAAAGCGGUCCAGUAGCAUUACAUAUUUGCAGAAGAACUCGAAAUAAGUCGAUGUCAACGAAAGCGAUGUCCUGCACGGACAUAAUACAGUCGUCAGUCAACCCAACGGCUUAAAAUGCACACCAAUGAAUAAUCUGAUUUAAAUUUUGUACAAACGUAUCAAGCAUAUAUUUUAAUAAAUUAAUAAUAUAAUACA